CCGCCCUUCUGCGACCUCUCCAAGUCCUAGUAUCGUCGGUUGCCUCCCUCACCGCGAAGAUGAAUCCUGAAUACGACUACCUCUUCAAGCUCCUCCUGAUCGGUGACUCCGGUGUUGGAAAGUCCUGUCUGCUGCUCCGUUUCGCCGAUGACACGUACACCGAGUCGUACAUCUCAACCAUUGGUGUCGAUUUCAAAAUCCGCACCAUCGAGCUCGACGGCAAGACUGUGAAGCUUCAGAUCUGGGAUACCGCCGGCCAAGAGCGUUUCCGCACCAUCACUUCGUCCUACUACCGUGGUGCUCACGGCAUUUGCGUCGUCUAUGAUGUGACUGACAUGGACUCGUUCAACAAUGUCAAGCAGUGGCUGCAGGAGAUCGACCGCUACGCCACCGAGGGUGUCAACAAGCUUCUUGUUGGCAACAAGAGCGAUAUGUCCGACAAGAAGGUUGUCGAGUACUCUGUAGCAAAGGAGUUCGCUGACAGCCUUGGCAUUCCCUUCCUCGAGACUUCGGCCAAGAACGCUUCCAACGUCGAGCAGGCUUUCUUGACCAUGGCACGCCAGAUCAAGGAGCGCAUGGGUUCGCAGACCACGACGAACACCAAGCCUGGUGUUCAGGUCGGUCCCGGUCACAGCGUCUCCAACUCGUCCAGCGGUGGCUGCUGCUAAACGACUUCUUCUCACGAUACCCGCAUACUCACUUGCAUUCGUUGCCUCGUUUCUGAUUUCACUGGUGUCAAUGGCAAAUACAGGGUUGUGCACGGAUUGACAUGGUCUGGCAGUUGUUAUGGUUGAUAUCACGAUUUGUUGUCUAUUCCUCCCGCAUUUCCGGCGAGGAACGAAGGGACACAUCUGCAGAUUCUGCCUGAUGGAUUCUAAUGGCUUCAUGGAAUGCUAGUAAUCUGAGGUUGCCAACAACGUCAAUCAGAAAGGCAUACUGACUAAAGUUGCGAUACCAAUUUUCGGAGACUACGAGUGAGGUGACAUGCAUGCGAAAUGGGAGUGAAAGAUGCUUAACGAAUGAGACCCAACUUCAACAGGUCAACUGCGGCAUUCACUUGGAAUUGUUUUCAAAACCCUUUCAUUUUCUUUUUUUCUUUGGUUGGCAUUUGUGAUGGAGCAAUUUCUGCGUUCGUGUGUGUUUUUGUAACUAUUCAGAGGGUCAUUA